AUGGCGUCUGCUUCUACCUCUGAAGUCACGCAUCCAGUCGUGUUCACGACCCAAACACCAUAUCCCCUGCCAUCCCAGAAGUUCCUCAUUCCUGCAUCAUGGAAACGCUACCAACUCUCGCAGCUCGUCAACAAGGCGCUUUCUUUGCCAAAACCCAUUCCCUUCGAGUUUCUCGUGCGAGGGGAGAUCCUUCGUGCGACAUUAGCGGAAUGGUGCGCAGAAAAAGGCAUGGGUGAGGAAGAAACUCUGGAGAUAGAAUACUUCGAGUCUGUCAUGCCGCCCCAGCGCAUGACAUCUCUCCCCCAUGAAGACUGGGUAUCUUCGAUCUCAUGUCAAUCACCUGGAUACUUCCUAACGGCAUCCUAUGAUGGCGCGCUGCGCGUCUUCGACUAUGCACAAAAGCUCCUCCACACCGCAACCAUCCACACCGCGCCCAUCACAUCCAUAACCCUCGUCCCAUCUUCCUCAGCGGACUCCCAACUCAUUGCGAGCGCAUCGCAUGAUCUCACCGCUCGUCUGACACGACUAUCCCUCGACCCCUCGACCCCUCAAUCUCAAACGCUUGCGUCCCUCCACCUCCACACGGCUCCGGUCUCAUCCGUCGCGGCGAACGCAUCCGGCUCCCACAUCUUAACUUCCUCUUGGGACAGUCUCAUUGGGCUGUGGGAUACCGUGAUUCCGGAGACGGACGAGGUUCCAGACGACGCGCCAAGCGGAGACAGGAAGAAGCGCCGCCGCGUCGCAGAGGACGGGGAAACACCGCGGCCAAAACGCAAAGCCCCAGCCGCGGUGCUCAAAAGCCACACCGCGCGCAUCUCGCGCGUCGUAUUUGACCGCGACGCGAAGGGCGUGCAGGCGUACAGCUGCGGGCUCGACUCGACCGUGCGGACGUGGGACGUAGAGAACAGUGUUUGUACCAGCACGAUCACUGCGUCAUCAAAGCCGUUCCUUGACCUUGCUCUCUCGCGCGAUGGCGCCACGGCGCUCGUAGCGUCCACGGACCGGACGGUGUGCCAGUACGACCUCCGCGCCGCGACGACAGCUGCGACGACCCCCUCCGUCACGUCCCUCCCCCACCCCGCGACGCCGUCGUGCAUCGCCGUCGCGCCCCCCGCGUCGACAGACGUCCCGGGGGCGAGCAGCGCCGCAGAGCACCAGCUCGUCACUGGUGCGUACGACGGCGUGGUGCGCCUGUGGGACCUGCGGAGCACGAAGUCGGCAGUCGCUGCGUUCCGCGCGUGGGAUGGCCAGAAGGACGCGGGAGCGCGGAAGGUGCUGAGCGUGGACUGGGCGAAGGGAUUGGUUGGCGUUGGAGGCGAGGGUGGAGUAGAGGUCUGGAAAGUCGGGGAAGGGGAGAGAGGGGCGAUCGUCGCUUAA